GCGUAAAAUAAACAGUUAAUUAAAAAAAUACAACAACAACAACAACAGUAUAAAUGAAUUUACACAUCCUUCUACUAACUGUUUCAAUUCUCUUCUUCGGUUAUGUACACUGUAGAAGACAAUCGGCAACCCCAACAGAGAUAUGUAAUUUACCACUAAAUAUUGGACAUGGACUCUUGAAAAAAUCCCGAUACUAUUAUAAUAAAGCUACUAACCAAUGCAGUGCAUUUGCUUACAAGGGAAUGCGAGGAAAUGCUAACCGAUUUCGUACAAAAGAGGAAUGCGAACGUACGUGUGUAAAGGCGAAAGUUGCCUCCACUGGUGAUAGAAGACCAACACUGCCGGUUAGAUAUUCAGAUACUAGAAGACCAACACAAAAUAGCCGUGAUUAUGAUAACAAGUAUGCAACUAGAGCACCAUCGAGAGAGAGAACACGUGAACCAACCACAAGAAUAGUUUAUAUUACUAGAUCAACUCCAAGAUACGGUAGAAGAUCAUAAACAAUGUUUUGUGAGAAUGGUUAAAUUAUUUAUACCAUGCUAUAUUUAUAUUUUUU